CUUCAGAGAAAGAGGCAAUAAAGGAAAAAUAAGGUGGUGAAGAUGUCAGAAGUAUCUCUGGAUAAUACAAUCUCUGAAGAUGAGAACAGGCCACGUUGGGAUAAUAAAAUGCAAUAUCUUUUAAGCUGCAUUGGAUUAGCUGUAGGCUUUGGAAAUGUAUGGCGUUUUCCCUAUUUGUGCCAAAUUUAUGGUGGAGGUGCAUUCUUGAUUCCGUAUGUCAUUGCCGUGGUGUUUGAAGGAAUCCCAGUAUUUCAUCUUGAACUAGCUAUUGGACAGUUCUUGAGGAAAGGCAGCAUUGGCGUCUGGAAUCAUAUUUCGCCCUAUCUAACAGGAAUCGGCUAUGCUUGCAUGAUGGUAUCAUUCAUAAUCGGCACGUAUUAUAAUAUGAUUAUUGCCUGGGUGUUUUGGUACCUAGGAAACUCUUUCAAGGAACCUUUGCCUUGGAGCAUCUGCCCGCAAGACUCCAGCAAACCGGAGCUCAUCAAAGAAUGUGAUCAUAGCUCUGAAUCCAAUUACUUUUGGUACAGAUACACACUGAACAUCAGCACAGACAUCACACAGACUGGCCCUUUUCUUUGGUGGUUGAUUGUAUCUUUGGCCAGCUCCUGGAUCAUUGUUUACCUCUGUACAAUUAAAGGAAUCAAAUCAACUGGAAAGGCAAUUUAUAUUACAAUCUCUUUUCUAUAUACAGUUUUAACUAUAUUCCUUGUUUAUGGACUGACCCUCCCAGGAGCUAGCGAAGGGCUAACAUAUCUCUUCACUCCUGAUUUCACAGUCCUAAAAAAUCCACGUGCGUGGCUUGAUGCAGGCACUCAGAGUUUGUUCUCCCUUUCUUUAGCGCUUGGAGGAUACACGGCAUAUUCAAGCUACAAUCCACAAAAAAAUGACUGUGAAAAAGAUUCUGUCAUAAUAGCUACAGUGAACAGUUUAACAUCUAUAUAUGCCUCAAUCACCAUUUUUUCAAUUCUUGGGUUCAAAGCAACAAUAAACUACCGGGAUUGUUUGGAUAGUAAUAUUGAAUCACUCACAACUGCAUUUAAUUUGAUGGAACAAAGCAUUUCAAGAGAGAACUAUACACUUUGGCUUGAGUCUCUGAGUCAAGGUGCUCCAUCAAGAGUUUCUGGUCUCAAGCUGAAAAACUGUGAUCUUCAAUAUUUUCUUCGUAAGAGUGUUUCUGGGCCUGGCCUGGCCUUUAUUACAUUUACUGAAGUUGUAACGAGGAUGCCUGGAGCCCAAAUAUGGUCAAUUCUGUUUUUCCUCAUGCUGUCCUGCCUGGGACUGUCUUCUAUGUUUGGACUCAUUCAGGGCAUCUUGACUCCUUUCACAGAAAUUCCUCUUGUGACAAAAUACUUACGCAAAGAAGUUUCUUGUGGUAUAAUAUGCUUUGCCUCUUUUUUGUUGGGUCUCCUUUUUACUACACGAUCGGGAAGCUACUGGCUUGAAGUGUUUGAUAGCUAUGGAGGAAGCUUAACGUUGUUGAUCAUUUCUUUACUUGAACUGUGCAGUGUUGUAUACGUUUAUGGUCUGAAAAGGUUCUGUGAUAAUGUGGAAUGGAUGACUGGAAGACCAGUAAAUUUAUACUGGAAGGCAUCCUGGCAGUUUAUCAGCCCUGUACUAAUGGUUUCAGUCUUUUUGAGCUAUCUGUCUAUUCAACGGCCAUCAACCUACAGUGCAUGGAAUCCAAGCUAUGAAGAGUUUCCUGCAAAACAGUCCAAAUUUUAUCCACGCUGGGUUUUACUCAUCGCUGCCUUGGUUGUGGUCCUACCGUGCAUAUGUUUUCCAAUGGGAGCCAUUUGCCAUUUUAAGCAAGUAUUGCUGAAAAGGAAGGAGAAGCAAGCCCUUCAUCCAUGUGAAAGCACCCAAGGCAACUGAUGCUCUAGGAUUCUAUCAGCUGAUUCCAGUGAUCCAUAGUAAACCAGUUCAGGUUCUCAACACAGAAAAAGUAUAUUAAGGCAAUCUAUGAAAAUUAAAGAAUAUAUAUUGUUUAUAUAAACUUCUAUAGAGUUCUUAGUGAAAGUAGCCAAAGUAUUCAUACAAAUAGCCUUUAUACAGUAUUAUAUUCUGCAAUGCUACAAGUUUUCAAGAAUUUGGUUUAAACAUUUCUGCAUGUUUUUAACUGAAAAGGCUACCAGAACUCUGGAUUUACAAGAAAAGGUGUAAUAAAAACUACAGAGAAGUGGAAAAAUAAAACACAAGUCAAGUAAAUAUGGUCAUUUUAAGAACUGACUGUAAAUACACAGUCAGUUCUUAAAAUGACCCCGUGGGUAGAAACUGAUCAGUGGCUGAUGAGACAAUUUUUGUGAACCACUUUCAGGGCAGGACCAAUGAUCUAGUGUGGUUUCAUUUCCCCUUUGUGCUGCACUUUGGGGGAAUGGAAAUGCCCAUCUCACAAGCUUCCCUUCUUGCUAAAGUAGGGUUGGACAGGAAACACGGAGAGUUUUGUCCCAAACGGCAAACGAAAACACCCCCAUUCAAAUGUUUUGAAUCUUCUACUGAAG